AUGGCGGACAUGCUUGAAGCCGGGACACAGGAGAUUCUCCGCCAUGCCGUCAAGGGCGCCGAACAGACAACCGAGUCCGCGCAGCGCUCCCUGCAGAUUGUCAAUCAAACCAAGGAGGUCCAAGCAGCCACCCUGGAAAGCCUGAAGUCGCAAGGAGAGCAGAUGAGAAGGAUACAUGGAAACAUACAGAAUGUUAAGGAGGGCGUGGAUGAAGCUGAAAUGGUACUGGACUCCAUGGUGUGCUGCGGGUGCUUUGGCACAAAGGCUAAGGCAAAAUCCAAUGUCAAGAAAACUGCACGGUGCGGUGCUGCUGGACUGUGCACGUCCCAAAGUGUGUGUACAGGUUGA